AUGGGGGCUCCUGCGGAUGUCGAACAAUGGACCCUCCUGGCCUUGGCUAUCGUUAUCAUCAUUGUUCGUGUCUAUGUACGAUGGACGCUGGUUGGACCUCGAAAUUUCGCCGCUGAUGAUUAUCUGAUGCCUGUUGCGGGAAUUGUAUUUAUAAUGGAGACGGUGGCAGCAUACCUUGUCGGUGCGAAAUUCGGCGGCUUGACGAAUAGUUAUAUGACUCCAGAGGAGCGGGCGGAGCUGGAUCCGAACUCGAAAGAAUACUAUGACCGGGUCUGGGGAUCCAAGAUCCAAGUAAUCGGCUGGUCUUUCUAUGUCUUCAUUCUGUGGACCAUCAAAUUCUGCCUAGCAUUCUUCUACGCCCGGUUGACGACCGGAUUAGCAUAUAUGGAGCUGCGCGUCAAAAUUGCCUAUGUAGUGUUGGGAGCAACUUACAUCAUGGUCUGCCUCACUCUUUUGCUCAGUUGCCGGCCCAUGCACAAGUUCUGGCAGAUAAAUCCUGAUCCAGGGAAUAUCUGCCAGGCGACCCACUCGCAGGUGUAUGUGUACAUUGCGGUGGUCCCUAAUGUGCUCACUGACUUGUAUUUGCUGUCCAUUCCCCUGCCGAUGGUAUGGAAGGUAAAUAUUAGCGUUCGCAAGAGAGUCUCCUUGAUGGCUCUGUUCAGUGGAGCUGCCUUCGUGAUCAUGGCCUCUAUCAUACGUGCCGUGACAAUUGUCAAGUCUGGCCCGAACGGCGCAGUGGCAGGAAGUCAAUGGGCCUGUCGUGAGACCUUCGUGUCCAUCAUCGUUUCCAAUAUACCCAUCAUCCAGCCUCUGCUCCGAAAAGGAGCUAAAAUGAUAGGUCUCUCGGUUCUGUUCAGCUCAUAUGCCUCCAAACCUACACAGAGCUACCCUCUCUCGAGCAGGGAACCGACAUCUCGAAAAAGAGGUACUCAUCCGCUUUCGAUCCCGAAGGGCACUGCUUGGGGCAGCGACGAACAUAUUUUGGUGCAAGACGGCCCUAGCAGUCACGGGGGCGAAGCAUCAAAGGAAAUCACAGUGGUCCAGGAGACAGUCGUUCAGUCAGAGACCUGGUCGAAGCACCAUGCCAGUCAUUCCGCAGGGCGUAAUGAGUGGUUGCAAAAUCCUGCUGAAAAUGAUGCCUACCGCUUUUCUGUCACUGGAGGCGCUCAAGAUCCUCAUGACCUUUAG